AUGUCGAUAGGCACGGACUCUCAGUCAAGCUCCCGCGACCUCUCCUCGUCAAUCUCGUCACUCAACCAGUCGAGCAAGCGGACGUCAUCCGAGAUCUCCAAAAUCUACAAGCAUGCGUCUCAACUAUUCCUGACACGCCGGUUAUUAGAGGCUUAUGAAGCCCUACAGCCAGUUAUCGCCCCUCCAAGCCAGAAUAGACCGGACGACAGUCCAGCUCUCGCUCCCAUUGCGACCGCAACCACGAGUCAGCGCAUCAAGAUCUGGAGCUUAUACGUCACGCUCUUAAACUCCAUUGUUGAUCUCGGGUACGAAGAGGGGAAACAGCUCUUUGGGUCGAAAGAAUACAAAGAGAUUGUCCGGCGCGUACAGCAUGGCGAGAUCUGGGAGCAGGUCGUCAAGGAUGGGUAUCAGGGCCGAGAGGGCUCGGUUGACGCAGAGGUUGUCUACAACUUGUCUAAUCUCCUCCUCGGACAAGCUACAGACCAGAAGCUCAACCAGUCUCGCCUUGAAACCUACUUCUCGUCCUCUUCGCAACCAGACCUCGAUCUCCCGGCCCAUCUCGACCACGCCUUCAGCAAUGGCCAUCAACAAUCAACAGGAUUGAAUGGCGCCAACACCCCCAAAGACCUCACCUCGCGCAUAAAAGUCCUCGAAAUCUUCACGCUGCACGUCCUGCCUAGAAACGGUGAGUGGGAUUACGCAAAGAGUUUUAUCUCCAACAGUGAUAUUUUGGACGAGGAGAGACGGGACGCGUUUAUGCAGACACUUCAAGAACUGCAAGAUAUAACGGAAAAGGAAUCGAGCCUUGAAGCUGCGGAUGAGGACGUCUUUGAGGAUUCAGAGGAAGUGUUCUCAAAGCCAGGAGGAACCGGAGACGCCGGCGAUACUACCGGGGAAACGAUUUCUCCCUCCCAAAGUGGCGCAGGAUCCAAACACCAACGGACAAGUAGCGAAGUUGAUUACGGGAUCGAGCGGGCACAUCCAAACGGCGGCGUCCCAGCUGCAAGCAAGGCCCAGACGUCAACAAUGGCAUCUUCUUCGCCUAUGACCAGCCUUCCUCCUCAACCCGUCCCGACUGCACGGUCUCCUCCUCCACCACCCGCCGGUCCCCCGAGUUCUUCGGUACACGGCGGUCGCACCCACUUCUCACCUCCCGCACAAACACCCCGUCGUCCAGCCGGUACACGAAAGAAUUCCAAAUCCUCCUCCUCACAGAACGCAAUAACGGCCCAAGCCCGUCAGCUCUUCCUCGCCCUCUCAAACCUAGUGCGCAAUCUCGCCACGACCCUUCAAAAGAACCCCACGGCAAUGUUACGAUGGCUGCUUUUCGUUCUAGCGUUCGUAAUGGCAUUUUCCCAAAAGCACAUUCGAGAAAAGACCCGAGCAGUGGCGAGGAAGGGAUGGGAGAAGUUGCGGGGAACUCUUGGAAUGGGGGUUAAGGUUAGUUACAUCUGA